AUGUCUGCGAAGAUCGACAAGUGCCGUAAUCUCACUAUAUUUUUAAGAAUUUUUUCGAAAGAAAAGUACAAAGUGAAUGUUUCAGCCGACAUGAAAGUUUUUGAGCUGAAAGAUAUUUCUGAAGAGAAAACAGGACUGCCUCGACAACUUCAAAGACUGCGCUAUAUAGAUGAGUGCGACAUGCAGGACGAUGCAAAACUUUCAUUUUAUCAUCUUACUCCAAGUGCAGUGAUAAACGUGUGCUUUUGGCCAGAAUGGCGACCAUUAUUUCGAGCAGUUUUUAAAGGAGACUUGCAAGCUAUGCUUGAUUGUGGUGUCCCAAGACGUCAGCCAGUCAACACAGACGAGCGCGGACUAGACCGUAUUGAAUCUGAUGUUGCAAAUAAAGGAUCCGUUGCUCUUUUUCUUGCUUCUCACAGGGGCUGCAACAACAUCGUACAGGCCUUGUUAAAUGCAAAAUGUCGAGGAUUUGAUCCUCAGCCAUCAGGUCGAACACCGUUAUUGAUGGCCGCGAAAAGUUCGAAAUUUGAGACUGUUGAUCUUCUUUUAGGUCGUUCCAGCGGUACUUCACGAGCACGUUCUAAUCAAUAUGAUGCUGUCCGUGAAAGGACUUUAAAGUCCUUGAUUGGCUUGCUCGAAAAGAAAGGGGCAUGUAAGAAACUCUGUCUUAUGAUGAAUCAACCGCGAUCAAAGAAAUCGACGCAUGAAAGUCAACCAAAUGAACAUUCAUUAAUGCUGCAUCAAAUGUGUGAUUCUACAAAUCCAAUCUGGAGGAAAGGUUAG